CGGCUUUUCUCUUCGGCUCCACACCCUCCGCUGCAGUCUGCAGGCCGUCCAGUGAUCUCCGUGUCAACCCCAAAAGAAACCAAAAAAGAAGGAAAAAAAAAAAACCAAAACCCAUCGCCCGUUCGCCGGCUUGCUCAAUCCACCGAUCUCCGGCGAUGCGGCGGCUACCCCUGCGGCUCCUGCGCUCCGCCGCCACCGCCUCAUCCCGGCGCCCCGCUCUCUCCCGCAGCGGGCCUGCCCCUGCUCCCUCGCCGAGCCCCGCGGCGCCGGCUGCGCUCCCCCGGUGGGCGGCGCCGCGGAGGGGUUACUCGCGGUUCGCGAGCGGGUUCACCCCGCUGCAGCCCAAGCCGCUCAGCUCCAUCCUCGACGUCGAGCGCGCCAAGGGCCUCUCCCCCGAGCACCUCGUCGCCGCCUGGGAUGACUACCACUUGGGAAGAGGUCAUAUAGGUGCAUCUAUGAGCGCAAAGCUUUACCAUCUCAUGGAACAAAGAACAGCUACAUGCCGGCAUUUUGUUAUCCCUUUGUGGAAAGGAAGCGGAUAUACUACCAUGUUCAUGCAAGUCCAGAUGCCACAUAUGAUCUUCACUGGACUUGAGGACUACAAAGCAAGAGGCACUCAAGCAAGCCCAUACUAUACAAUCACUCAUUAUACAGAGUUCGCAGAAACCAAGGAUACAGUACUUAUCCGAGGAGACGUUGUUUUCACCAGUAAACUGACUGAUUCAGAGGCAAAGUGUCUUUUAGAGACUGCCCAUUCAUUCUACCUAAAUGAUGUGAGGUACAGGCUUGUUGAGCGCUUCAACAAAGAACCGCAUGAGUUUGACUUCAAAGAUGUCCUCCAAGUGCUUGAAAUGCCAACCAUUUGACAAUAUUUUAAGACCUCCGAUAGCAAAGCUUCCUGGAGCAUGUCAACCCGAAAUCACUGCCAAUGGUAGACUUUCUUCCCCCAUUUUUGCAGUGGCAAUGUCUUGAUUGAAAUAAAACACUGGGUAACACUGAUAUUGCCAACUUAGCGUUCAUUGGUAGCAAUAGCUCCAUCAGAAAAUUUUGUGGAUGCGUUGGGCAGUUACAACUGCAAGUCCUAGGAGGAAUUCCUUAGCUAUUUUCUGCCGUUUCUUUUGAGCCUCUUGGUUUAGUAUUUGUAUUCUCAUUUUUGUUGAUAAAUUGAUAUUCAAUUACGAUGGUGGAACCGGAGCCUUUCUCUACCCUCACAAACCAUGGCCAAGAAAAUGAGUGGCUGGGUCAUAUUUGUGUAAACUUAAACCUGAAAUCAGCUGCUAUUGUUUUUACUGUUCUGAACAUGACUGAUUUUUGUUAAUCAGAGUACAGUGUAGAUGUGACUUGGGGUUCUUCGAGUGCUCGCAAUUUGCUCAAA